AUGCUGUCUGAGAGACACCCAAUCCGACCUCACUUCUUAGUUCCCACUUUCUUCUUUCUCUUUGUCUUCUUUUUCACUUUCUCUUACCCAGCUUGCGUUUCUUAUCCUUCUCUCUUUUUCCCACUUUCUUCUUUCUCUUUGUCUUCUUUUCCCACUUUUUCUUACCCGACUCGCGUUUUCUUCUCCCCCACACCCUGCCUUUCCUUUUCAUCUUUCGCUCCCCUCCCCCCUUUCAUUAGUUUUUCCACAUACUCCUCUUCCGAUGCUCUCUUCUUCGCUCUGCUGCUCAGCACACUUUCUAGGUACUUGGUCUCUCUCUCUUCAUUUUCUUUUUUGAUCUCCUUCUUUCUGUCUUCUAUUUUCUUUUUCUCGAUCUUGAUUGUAAUUUUUGUAUCUUCUAUUGCCUCGUUUCUCUCUUAUUUCCAUGGCUUUCUUUUUCUUCUUUCUCUUUAUUCUCUUCUUUUGCCCCCUUCCUCCUUUCUUUAUUUAUCUUUUUUCUCUUUCUGUCGUGUCGCGUUUUUUCUACUUUGUUUCUUUUCCCUUUUUUUGAUUCUCUCUUUCCACUCAUUCUCUCUCAGUUUUCCUCUUUAUUCUUCGGUUAUUUUUCUCUUUUUCUUCUGUUUUCCUUUUUCUUCUUUUCUCCUUUUUCUUCUCUUUCUUUCUUCGUUGGUUCUUUUCCUCUUUCCUCUCCAUUUUUUACCGCUUCUUUUUCGCCAUCUUUAUUUUCUUUCCUUUCCUUCCUUAUUUUUUUUCUUUUGUUUCUUUCUGUCCGCCUCUCACCCUCAUCUUCCCCUUUGCCGUUUUUCUAAAAUUCACUUUUCCACCGAUUUCUUUCUUUCGUUAUCAAUUUCUGUCACCCGUCUAACCACUCAUAUUUUUCUCCAGUUUCUUUCUUUCGCUAUGUUCUUUAUCAAUUUCUGUCUCCCAUCUAACCACUCUUAUUUUUCUCCAGGUCUUUUAAAUCCUUUCCUCUCUUUCUUUCUUUCUUUUUUUUCUUUCUUUGAGUGUCUAUGUUUGUUACCAUUUCCGUCUCCCCCUCUAACCACUCAUAUUUUUCUCUGGCUUUUUCAAAUUUCUUUCUCUGUCUCUUUCUUUCACUCCCUAUACUCUCUCUUUUUUUUUCUUCUCCUCUUCUCCUUUUAUUAUCUUCUCAAUUUAUAUCUACCUUUUCUUGAUUUUUUUUCACUUCACUACUUUCUCUCUCUAUCUUUCUUUAAUCCCCUUCCCUUUUUACUUUCUCCUUCUCCUACCUCCCAUAUCCCCACUCUUCAUUCUUCAUCAUCUUCCAUGCUUUUUGGUCGUCUUCGUGGUUCUUUUGAUCUGCUAGUGGUGAGGGGCUUAUAA